AUGCAAUCAGCCAGAAAGGAGUCUACCAUUCGAAUUUAUAACCUUUUUUGGAAGACCUUUGCUUGGUGGUGUGGCUGUAAGCGCCUAGAUCCGUUGGCACCAUCUACAGGAAAUAUCCUGGAGUUCCUUCAAGACGGGGUAACCAAGAAACUGAAGGCCUCUACCCUUCGAAGACAAGUGGCAGCCAUAGCCAUGGUAAUUCCUCUUCUCGAUGGUUUUCCCAUUGGGAAACACCCGCACUUACUUACCUUCCUUAAAGGAGUAUCGGCUAUUUCUUUACCGGUGGUGCACAGAUUUCCAACGUGGCGCCUCAAUGUGGUACUUCACGCUUUGACCAUACAUCCACUCGAACCCUUGAAGGAGGUAUCUUUGAACUUCCUUAGGAUGAAAGUGCUCUUCCUCACGGUGGUGACAUUGGCCAGGAGAGUCUCAGAAUUGGGAGCCCUUUCCUCAAGGAAGAGUCUCUGUGUAUUUCACGCCGAUAAGGUGGUUCUGCAACCGGAUCCAUCUUUUGUUCCGAAAAUAAACUCCAAGUUUCAUCGUCAACAAGAGAUUAAUCUCCCGUCUUUUUGCCCUCGACCUUCGCUUCCAAGGGAAAAGUCAUGGCACACCCUUGAUCUGAAAAGAGCCUUAAAAAUCUAUUUGCGGCGAACCAAGGACCUGAGGCGCUCAGAAUCUCUCUUCGUUGUUCAAAAAGAAAAAGCAGCAAAAACUAUUCAGAAAGCAUGGUGGAUUCAUGUAAAAACAAGGUUGUUUAAGCUCCUGAAACAUACAAUCCGUGCAGCGGAGCACUGCAUUAGUCAUGAUAUUUUGAAAAGAGUUAGUCCUUUGGAGGCUGAACUUCUUAAGGAUCCUAGUAUUCUAUUCAAAGUCCGAUUCAGAUUUGCUGGGUCCAGCUUUCCCCCUUUCGUUGUUUUCAAGAUAUUUUGCAUCUCAGGGGGCCAAGGCAGUAAAUACAUCAGUGGAAAAACAAUAAUAACACCAAGAAGUGAGGCAGCUGUUGAUGCUUGCAGAUUAAUGGGAUAUCGGAAGUAUUAUAAGCUGAUAUUGCAGGAUGAGCUUCAGUUUAAAAGAUACAGAGUAACAGAUGAGAUAGAUGUUGCUACAGUAAAAGACUACAUGCAUUAUAGCAGUCUUUUGGAUGAGACUCCAGCAUACUUUGGUGGCAGGCAUAACUACUGGAGAAGAUUAUCAUUGGAAAAUUUUCCCAGGACAAUGAUAAUGUAUGACAUCAUGGAGUAUGCACAGUCUGGGAAAAUGUCUGCCAGACUGAGGUGUGAACUUCCAUUUCUGCUGCUGAGACCAGAGAAUGAAGAGACAUACCAUGCUCAACUCAUGGCCGUUUGUCAACUCAGAUUUGUUACACCACAACCCACAAGAGUCAGACCACUGGGAUUAGACCAACAGUCAGCACCCAGAUCUUCUGAGCGUCGCUCUUACCAAGCUCGGCAGAAGAUUGCAAAAAUGAGGAAAACUUAUAAGCUUGAUAAAGAAAAAACAGAACAGAAGAUGGAUAUUUCAACUCCUUUAACUGGUCAUCGAGAAGCUAAAAUUCCAUUACAGGCAUGCACAGUUAACCGAACUCUAUUUGUAGAGGAAGAAUGGGAGAAAGAGGCAGCAAAGCUUUUUGCCUGGUCUAAAUCACUUGGUGAAGAUACUGGGGAAGGUGACCUCCACUAA